GUUCCUUGAAGCCUCACCAUGCCGCCCAAGGACGAUAAGAAGAAGAAAGAUGCCGCGAAAUCGGCGAAGAAGGACAAAGAUCCCGUAAACAAGUCUAGGGGCAAAGCUAAGAAGAAGAAGUGGUCCAAGGGAAAAGUUCGAGACAAGCUCAACAAUCUGGUUCUGUUUGACAAAGCAACAUACGACAAACUCUGCAAGGAGGUCCCCAACUAUAAACUCAUCACCCCUGCAGUAGUCUCAGAGAAACUGAAGAUCUGGGGAUCUUUAGCCGGAGCAGCCCUCCAGGAACUGCUUAGUAAAGGUUUGAUUAAGCUGGUUUCCAAACACAGAGCACAAGUGAUAUAUACCAGGAACACCAAGGGUGGAGAUGCUCCAGCUGCUGAAGAUGCAUAA